AUGGGCAGCGAGGCCAUGCCAGGUGCCCUGACGCGACUGGAGGUGAGUGCCUGGACCUACCACUAUAGCGACCAAGGAGACUACACAUGGGAGCAGGCCAGGAACUACUGCCAGACGUUCUUCACCGACCUGGUAGCCAUCCAGAACAAGCGGGAGAUCAAGUACCUCAAUGAGAGCCUGCCUUUCCACGGGCGCUACUACUGGAUCGGCAUCCGCAAGCUGGGCGGCACCUGGACCUGGGUGGGCACCAGGAAGGCGCUGACAAAGGAGGCGGAGAACUGGGCAGCCGGGGAGCCCAACAACCGCCGCUCCAACCAGGACUGCGUGGAGAUCUACAUCAAGCGGCAGCAGGAGUCCGGCAAGUGGAACGACGAGCCCUGCAACCGCAGGAAGAAGGCUCUGUGCUACCAGGCCUCUUGCCAGCCCUUCUCCUGCAGCCAGCGUGGGGAGUGUGUGGAGACCAUCGGGAGCUACCGCUGCGAGUGCUACCCCGGCUUUCACGGCCCCGAGUGUGAGGACGUUGUGCAGUGUGCCGAGCUCAAGCCCAGGGGAGAAGCGCAAAUGAAUUGCAGCCAUCCCUUCGGAGACUUCAGCUACAAUUCCACCUGCACGUUUGAGUGCCGGGAGGGGUUUGAGCGGCAAGGGACAGGCACACUGCGGUGCCUGCCUUCCCAACAGUGGUCAGCAGAGACCCCCACCUGCACAGCCAUCACCUGCCCAGUGCUCAGUGCUCCAGACCAGGGAGAGCUGAACUGCUCCCACCUUCAUAGGGACUUUGCCUUUGGCUCCACGUGUUCCUUCUCUUGCCAGACGGGGUUUGCACUGAAAGGGCUGGAGAGCCAUGAGUGCACAGCCACAGGGACCUGGACUGGGGAUGCCCCAUACUGUGAAGCCAUCACCUGCCCAGUGCUCCGUGCUCCAGACUGGGGAGAGCUGAACUGCUCCCACCUCCAUGGGGACUUUGCCUUUGGCUCCACGUGUUCCUUCCCCUGCCAGACGGGGUUUAUGCUGAUGGGGCCGGAGAGCCGUGAGUGCACAGCCACAGGGACCUGGACUGGGGAUGCUGCACAGUGUAAAGCCAUCACCUGCCCAGAGCUCCGUGCUCCAGACCGGGGAGAGCUGAACUGCUCCCACCUCCAUGGGGACUUUGCCUUUGGCUCCACAUGUGCCUUCUCCUGCCAGAUGGGGUUUGUGCUGAUGGGGCCGGAGAGCCGUGAGUGCACAGCCACAGGGACCUGGACUGGGGAUGCUGCACAGUGUAAAGCAAUCACCUGCCCAGUGCUCAGUGCUCCAGACUGGGGACAGAUGAACUGCUCCCACCUCCAUGGGGACUUUGCCUUCGGCUCCACAUGUGCCUUCUCCUGCCAGACGGGGUUUGUGCUGAUGGGGCCAGAGAGCUGCGAGUGCACAGCCACAGGGACCUGGACUGGGGAUGCUGCACAGUGUAAAGCCAUCACCUGCCCAGUGCUCAGUGCUCCAGACUGGGGAGAGCUGAACUGCUCCCACCUCCACGGGGACUUUGCCUUUGGCUCCACAUGUUCCUUCUCCUGCCAGACGGGGUUUGUGCUGAUGGGGCCACAGAGCCGUGAGUGCACAGCCACAGGGACCUGGACUAGGGAGUCCCCACACUGUGAAGCUGUCACCUGCCCAGUGCUUGCUGCACCUGACCGAGGAGAGCUGAACUGCUCCCACCUCCAUGGGGACUUUGCCUUUGGCUCCACGUGUUCCUUCUCCUGCCAGAAGGGGUUUGUGCUGAUGGGGCCAGAGAGCCGUGAGUGCACAGCCACAGGGACCUGGACUGGGGAUGUCUCACACUGUGAAGCUGUCAAAUGCUCAGCACUGGCCACCCCUGAGAUGGGCCAGGCUGCCUGCUUCCACCUCCACGGGGACUUUGCCUUUGGCUCCACAUGCACCUUCUCCUGCCAGACAGGGUUUGUGCUGUUGGGGACAGAGACACGUGAAUGCACAGCCACAGGGACCUGGACUGGGGAUGCCCCACAAUGUGAAGCCAUCAGCUGCCCAGUGCUGGACCCCCCUAGCAGAGGCCAGCUGAACUGCUCUCAUGUGCACGGGAACUUCGGGUACACCACUGUGUGCACCUUUUCCUGCGAGGAGGGGUUUGUUCGGCUGGGAGCAGAGGAGCUGCAGUGUGCAGCCACAGGGAACUGGACCAGGCAGCCCCCUGCCUGUGCAGAGGACAGCGCGCCCUUCCUAAAGCAGGUCCUGGCUUACAGCAGCGGCGCGGCCCUGGCGCUGGCCGGCGUCGUGCUCUCGGGGACGCUCAUUGCCCUCCUCGCCAAGCGCCUCAGCAGCAGAGAGGAGAAGAAGCAGCUCCUGAGCCCCACCAGUGACCUGGGAGCCCCGGGCAUCUUCACCAACGCAGCCUACGAUGCCAACCUGUGA